AUGGAGAUUCGCAAAUUGAUUGGUGGGAAAUUCUCAUAUUGCCUAGUGGAUCGGUCGAAACAAAAUGCUAAAAGCAAAAUCAACUUCGGUUCUAACGCAAUCGUGUCUGGACCCGGAGUGGUAUCCACUCCAUUGGUCACAAAGAGUCCUAGGGAGUGGUAUCAUGUCACGUUGGAAGGGGUCAGCGUAAGAAAUACUAGAAUUCCAUUCAAUAUUGGAGUAGCUAAAUACAUGAAGGAUGUUGUUAAGGAGGGUAAUAUCGUGAUAGACUCGGGAACCACGAUGACUCAUUUACCGACGGAUAUGUACCAAAAACUUGAGAAUACGCUGAGAGGCGCGAUUAAAGCCAUACCAGUCGAGGAUCCAACUGGGGAAUUAAGCCUUUGUUAUAAGAACGUCAACAACUUUAGAAUUCCGACAAUCAUUUUCCAUUUCGCGGGAGGUGCUGAUGUGGCGUUGGAGACGAAUAAUACUAUUGCUCCAUACUCGGGUCUGUUGUGUCUAGCCAUAAUCCCAUCUGAUGAUCUAGCCAUAUAUGGGAACUUGUCCCAAAUGAACCACUUAAUUGGAUAUCAUCUUGAUAAAAAAUUUGUUUAUUUCAAGCCAACUAUAUGUUAA